AUGGAGAAUCGAGCGUCGCCAACCCCGCCCACCGCUCGCCCCAAGAAUUCCGCCUCGUCCAUCGCAUCCUCGUCCAACACGACUUCACAUAGCGCUGCUGGCUCCCAGACACAAGGCAUGCCUUCAAAUUCACGGGCCGGGCGCGGAGCCACCCCGACUGCCACCCGGUCGGCCUCCAAACUCAUCGACCAGGACAAGCCGACACGGGCGGCAAGCAAGGACAGCCUCAAGCAGAAGAUGCUGAGCAAGAAGGACGAGCCCACACAGCCGAGCAGGGCAGACGAACAACUCAAGGCGCUCAAGUCCGAGUUUGACAGCCUCCGCUCCCAUCUCACAUGCAAGAUCUGUGACCGCUUGCUCUACCAGCCCUACACCAUAUCGUGUGGGCACACCUACUGCUAUACAUGUCUCUGCACAUGGUUCGUCGCCAACAAGGCCCGCAAGACAUGUCCCGACUGCCGCAUCGUCGUCAAGGACCUACCGGCCCCCGCCUAUGUGAUACGUGACAUGACAAGCGUCUUCAUCGCACGAGCCGAACUACUACCCACGGGCGAGAGCAUCGAAGACCACAAGAAGUGGCUGAAGGAAGAGGCCGACGCCGUGCAGUCAGACAAGGACAAUACCGACCUCCGCGCUGGCGGUCUCUUCAAAGGCUGCUUCAGGCUAUCGCAUCACCAACGGGGACCAUCACUGCAAGUCGUGCGCGAUCAGGAAGAUGGUGUUGACCGAUGUCCGGUAUGCACCUGGGAGUUGGAAGACGGCGGAUGCACCCAGUGCGGGCUGAUCUUCGACGAGACAGGCGAGGUCUCAUGGGGUGACAGCUUCACUGGCUUCAGCGACAUGGACGAAAUGUCAGAGCACGAUCAGGACGACCUCGACGCCGAGAUGGACAUGGAGGACCCAGACUACGACGGCUACGGAGAUGGCAUGGAGGAUUGGGGUGCAUACCCUCCCGACCAAAACUCCUUCAUGAUGCGACGGUUCUUGGAGGCUGGCAUACCACCCAACGCAGCGGCCUUUGCAAGACGACGUCCAAUCACGCACAGCGAAGCCGGCAGCCGACGCUCCUACUCACAAAGCAUAGUCUCAGACCUGUACGGUGACGAAAUGGACACGGUCGAGGAAGAAGAUGAAGACGGCCUGGAUGAGGAUUCCUCCAUGAACGACUUUAUUGACGACGAGGUCGUACCUGCAUCGAGUUCACCCAGCGCUGCGUCGUCCACUCCCGGUCCUGUUCCUCAACAACCCAACAACAGAGCGCGUGCACAAGCCCGAGCGCGUCGCAUAGUCGAGUCUGAAUCGUCUUCAAACCGCUCUAGUACCGUUGAGGAAGAAGACGAAGACGAGGAAGAUGAAGGACCGAUCCGCAGGGGAGUAAGGAAUCCUGCCCAGACUCGCGUUCUACAUCGAGCAAAUGGGUCAAGAUCCUCUCGUGAGACAGCUUCAACCACGUCCACCGACGUCUCCAACGAGGAGCUCGACGAAGACACCCAGGCGCUAUUGCGAGAGGAGGGAUGGGAGUUGCAACGCGACUACGACGACGAGAUGGGAGAAGAGGAUGAAGAUGACAGCGAUGGAGGAAGGACGACCGUUGGGUGGGAACCGCUUGCGAACUCAAAUGACAGAAGCCGAAUGGGCGGUUCUCUAACACCUACUGCAGAUCGUCCUCGGCCUAGUGCCCCCAUACGCCCGCCCUCCAGAACCGGCAACGUUCGCACCUUGAAUACCUCGCGUGGUCUUCGCCGAAGAUCCUCUAUCCUCUCCACCUCGACAGCCCACUACGAAGAUGGAGAAGCGGACGACGAUGACUCUGAUCAGGAAGGCGACAUCGAACUCGCCAUGAACGCCCUGCGGACGCGCCGCUCACAAGCUCAUCUGCGAAAUAAUGCAGCCUUCUCAAAUCCUGCUGCUCGCGUCAACAACCAAGGGCCCACUGCUGGGGACGGAACGAAUGAGGCGGAUACUGAUGAUAACUCGGACAACUCGCAAGGGCACAGGCGAAGGGCGCCGCGGAUGCAACGUCGCGAGUACGAUCCACGCAUCAGUUGGAUGUUCGCUGCUCAUCAGGCGGCCCUACAGCAGCACCAGAUGGCGGGCGCGUUGAUAGACGUUGAGCCACGGGCUAUCACACCACUGUCUCGCCCUCGCACAAGGAACAGGAACCGACCCAGUCCAGCGCAAGCCUACUCCCCCUUCAUGCCCCCUGCGCGCAUACGAACGCCGCUUAUGGACAAUACUUCUAACUACAUAAUGGAUCCGCGGCUCCCAAUAUCCCCACCUCGACGAAGCGCCAUGUCUCCGGGCUUACCAGCGAUGGGAAGUGCCGGCAACAUGAGCCGCUUCGAUCGUGCCCCUUCUGUUAGUUCGAAUAGCAAUGCUUCUACCAUAUUGACUCCUGGCACUUCUACGACCUCUUCCCAAAAUGGCAUCGACACUAUAGCGCAGACACAGGCAGCUGCAGCCAUGGACAUGAUAGAUCGUCCUCAGAGUCGUGUUGGCGCUCGUCCAUCUUCGGCGAAUAGCAGAAGGAACUCUGGCAAUUUCAAUGCGGCCAACGCAUUUCCUCAUGCUGCCAUGGGCUUGCAUGUCCAAGGCGCAGCUCUUCCGCCUUUCGCUGCACGUGGUAACCCUUGGGCUGCAUUCGUGCAAGCACGCGGUGUCCGUAAUCGCAACUCCCGUCAAGUUCUCCGUGACCAGUCCUCCGUAGCUACCUUGCGACCAGCAGGCUCUCGCGUUAAUAUCAGAGAAGCUGGCAACCCACCGCAAGGCAUGAGACCCCAGCCCUCACGUCUCAAUCUACGACCACAGCCGUCGCGGCGUCAGCUCGCUCCACAGGCAUCUACACGAACCUUGCGCGCAGACGGGAAUGGCAGACCGCCUCCAUCGCCUACGCAAAACGUACAAGCUACUGUACAGCCGGCCGCUCGUCCUGUCGGAUUGACUCCAGACGAGCGUAACCUCCGAGCUCGGGAACUUAUUGAAACUAGAAGACAAGCACUUGGUCAGCGAGACACUAGCGUGCCAGCCCGUACCAACCCUUUCACCCAGGGCUUCCAGCGUCCGGCGAACCCUACCGGCUCUCCUCAAAUGCAGCAGCCAACCACAGCGCAGCAUGUGAGGAGUAAUUCGAAUGAGUCUAUCAACUCUACCGGCACGGUUCAAGGCGCUCCAGCAUCACCAGUACUCGGUCGACGCAGGAGCAAUCGCAACAUGCUUAACAGCACACCACCUGGUGUCCUCCCGCCGCAACAAGGAGCAUAUACCGCUCCUCCGAUUGCGUACGCAAACAGCUACUACCGCCCACGACCAGGAUCUUCAUCUGGCUCUCCGGCGGCAUACGAAUCAACACUGACAAACAACACACGGGGCAGCCCUAUGAUGGCGGGCCCCCUUAUCUAA